AUGCAAACAACCCGAAAAACAGCAAAAUCCCUCGGCCACAGAGGAACAAUCCAAGGCCUAAUUAUCUCCAACAACCAAAAUAAAGAUCUAUGCACCUACUACGGCGGAGUUCGCUACGGCCUUCCAGUGUCCGAACGCUGGCGCCGUGCAAAGCCCUUACCUGAUACAUAUACUUACGGCACAGACAAGAACCCGGGAGAUUGCACAACUGGUGCGGGCGUAUGUCCCCAACCCGGAUUCCUGAACCUCUCACCUGAGAACCCGGAUAUUUGGGACGAGGAUUGUUUCCAGUGUAAUGUUUGGGUUCCGAUUGGGGAGCCUCCUGAGGGAGGAUGGCCUGUUUUCGUUUUUCUUCAUGGCGGCUGGCUCCAAUUCGGAACUCCCAAUUCGUUCAACGCUGCUGCGUUGAUUGGCGAGACGGAUUUCAAGUGUGUGGUUGUUAUGCCUGCGUACCGGGUGAACCUCUUUGGGUUCUUGUAUUCGGCUGAGCUGGAGGCUGAUGCGGCAUCUGUUGGGGAGUCUGUUGGCAACCAUGGAUUUUGGGAUCAGAGGCUGGCACUGGAAUGGACUCGUGAGAGCGCCAGUCUGUUUGGGGGUGAUCCAGCCAAUAUCACUAUCAGUGGCUAUAGUGCUGGCGCCAACUCCGUAUUCCACCAACUAGCCUACGAUCUUCGCCAACCAGCCUCCAAAGCGUUAGUCCGACAAGUCUGCAUCUGGUCUAACAGUCCGGCAGUACAACCAAAACAACCAACAGAAACCCAAUCCCAAUUCAACGAGCUCCUAACAGCCUUAAACAUCCCCCUCUCCCUACCGGCCAGCGAGAAAAUCUACCGUCUUCGCUCAGUCCCAGCAAAGACCCUAAUAUCUAUAACAAAAACCCUAUCCCUACACCAAUUCCGGCCAACAACCGAUGGAUCCUUCAUAAGCCCUACCCUCUUCGACUCCCUCGACAACGGAAGCUUCGCAUCGACCCUCCUAAGCCGCAACAUUCGCGUAAUUAUCGGAGAAUGUGCAGACGAGCACUUUUUAUACAAUACCUGGUUCCCACCAAAAUCAAACACACUCUCCGCACUGCGAACCCGUCUUAUUGCCGAUUACCCAGAGCACAUCGUCGACGCUCUCAUGGCGAUGUACUACCCAGACGGGAAACUACCAGCCAACUGCAAGAAUUGGGAUGUCGAUGCUUGGGGACGCUGUUACGCAGAUAUGCAGGUGCAUUUUAUGCAGCGCGGGUUCGCGUAUACGCUGACUCAUAACACGGCGGGUGUUGAUGCGUCACGGUUGUUGUAUCGGUAUCGCAUUGAGUGGAGGGCGAAGUGUAUUGAUGCUACUAUUCCGGUUGAGUGGGGGGUUACGCAUUCUUCGGAUUAUCCGAUUUGGUUUUGGGGGAAUGGGAAGGUUCUGGAGGAGGGGGAGAAGGAGGUUGUUGAGAGGGCUUUUAACGGUCCUUUGAGUUCUUUUGUUAAGUUGGGUGGUGGUGGUGAGUUUGGGUGGGGCACUUGUGGGCCGAGGAGUGUUAGGACGCUUAAGGGGGAUGGAAGUGUGGUUAUUUGGGAGGAUGAGAAUUGGGAGGAGGGUGUUAGGGUUUGGAAGAGAUUGAGAGAUGCUGAUAAAGGGAAGACGAGGUUGUAG